AUGACCAAGCACUCUCACAGAGCCGCAUCACCAGCAGCCACAUAUCAACACCGCAGCAAGCGUCAAGAAACCACCAUGACCCAAGUCCAGAUCCCAACCGAGCAGUGGGCUCAGGUCGUCGAGAAGACCGGCGGACCCGUUGUCUACAAGAAGAUCCCAGUACAGCAGAAGCCCGGUCCCGAUGAGGUCCUGGUCAAUGUCAAGUACUCUGGUGUGUGCCACACCGAUUUGCACGCCAUGUUGGGCGAUUGGCCCCUGGCGACCAAGUUACCCCUUGUCGGUGGCCACGAAGGCGCUGGCGUCGUCGUCGCUCGCGGCGAUCUCGUCACAGACGUUGAGCUUGGCGACCAUGUCGGCAUCAAGUGGCUCGGCGGCUCAUGUCUGGCCUGCUCUUUCUGCCAGCAGGCAGACGAGCCCCUUUGCCCCCACGCUCUUCUCUCCGGCUACACCGUCGACGGUUCCUUCCAGCAGUACGCCAUUGCUAAAGCAGCCCACGUUGCCCGUAUCCCCAAGGAGGUCUCCCUAGAGGCCGUUGCCCCAGUCCUGUGUGCCGGUAUCACGGUCUACAAAGGCCUGAAGGAGUCCGGUGUCCGCCCAGGACAGUGGGUCGCCAUCGUCGGUGCUGGCGGUGGUCUCGGCAACAUGGCCAUCCAGUACGCCAAGGCCAUGGGUCUGCACACGAUCGCCAUCGACGGCGGUGCUGAGAAAGGAGCUGCUACCAAGGCUCUCGGCGCCGAGGCCUACGUUGACUUCACAACCUCCAAGGACCUGGUUGCCGAUGUCAAGGCCGCUACUCCCGAUGGCACUGGCCCGCACUCCGCCAUCCUUCUCGCUGUCUCCGAGAAACCCUUCCAACAGGCCGCCGACUAUGUCCGACCACGUGGCUCAGUCAUUUGCAUCGGUCUCCCAGCCGGCGCCAGACUCUCUGCGCCCGUCUUCGACACCGUCAUCAAGAUGAUCUCGAUCAAGGGCAGCUACGUCGGUAACCGACAGGACACUGCCGAGGCUCUCGACUUCUUCGCCCGUGGUCUGAUCAAGGCACCAUACAAGGUCAUCGGCCUCAGCGAGCUCCAGAGUGUCUACGACAUGAUGCACGCCGGCAAUGUCGUCGGUCGCUACGUUGUCGACAACAGCCGAUAA